UAGCAUUAACUCUGUUUUACAAUGGCUAUAAAAUCAUCUGUGAUUCUGAAUAUCUGCACUUCUAUAGUGUUCUAGUGAAUCUACUCGCUGGUGAAGUCGCAGAGAUACUGUAGUGCUGAUGAACUUGGAGCCUUUGGUGUGCGUGGGAAUGAUACAUGUGAUUCAAAUCAAAUCAAAUGUAUUUAUAUAGCCCUUCUUACGUCAGCUGACAUCUCAAAGUUCUGUACAGAAACCCAGCCUAAAACCCCAAACAGCAAGCAAUGCAGGUGUAGAAGCACGGUGGCUAGGAAAAACUCCCUAGAAAGGCCAAAACCUAGGAAGAAACCUAGAGAGGAACCAGGCUAUGUGGGGUGGCCAGUCCUCUUCUGGCUGUGCCGGGUGGAGAUUAUAACAAAACAUGGCCAAGAUGUUCAAAUGUUCAUAAAUGACCAGCAUGGUCAAAUAAUAAUAAAAACAGUAGUUGUCAAUGGUGCAACAAGUCAGCACCUCAGGAGUAAAUGUCAGUUGGCUUUUCAUAGCCGAUCAUUGAGAGUAUCUCUACCGCUCCUGCUGUCUCUAGAGAAUUGACAACAGCAGGUCUGGGACAGGUAGCACGUCCGGUGAACAGGUCAGGGUUCCAUAGCCACAGGCUGAACAGUUGAAACUGGAGCAGCAGCAUAGCCAGGUGGACUGGAGACAGCAAGGAGUCAUCAUGCCGGGUAGUCCUGAGGCAUGGUCCUAGGGCUCAGGUCCUCCGAGAGAGAAAGAAAGAAAGAGAGAAAGAGAGAGGGAAUUAGAGAGAGCAUACUUAAAUUCACACAGUACACUGGAUAAGACAGGAGAAGUACUCCAGAUAUAACAGACUGACCCUAGUCUCCCGACACAUAAACUACUGCAGCAUAAAUACUGGAGACAGGAGGGGUCAGGAGACACUGUGGCCCCAUCCGAUGAUAGUCUGGAAGGGCAUCAAGGAAUCUUUGGGUUGUCUGAGAAUUUAUAGCAUGAAUUUUGAUGCUCCUUGGUUGGGGUCUGAGCAGAUGAUUUGUUGCAAUUGCAAACGUAAUAAAAUGGUGGUCCGAUAGUCCAGGAUUUAGGAAAAACAUUAAGAUCCACAACAUUUAUUCCAUGGGUCAAAACUAGGUCCAGAGUAUGACUGUGACAGUGACUAGGUCCAGAGACAUGUUGGACAAAACGCACUGAGUCGAUGAUGGCUCCGUAAGCCUUUUGGAGUGGGUCUGUGGACUUUUCCAUGUGAAUAUUAAAAUCAACAAAAAUUUGAAUAUUAUCUGCUAUGACUACAAGGUCCGAUAGGAAUUUGGGGAACUCAGUGAGGAACGUUGUAUAUGGCCCAGGAGGCCUGUAAACAGUAGCAAUAAAAAGUGAUUUAGUAGACUGCAUAGAUUUCAUGACUAGAAACUCAAAAGACGAGAGCAUCAGGUUCUUUUUUGUAAAUUUAAAUUUGAUAUCGUAAAUGUUAACAACACCUCCGCCUUUGCGGGAUGCACGGGGGAUAUGGUCACUAGUGUAACCAGGAAGUGAGGCCUCAUUUAACACAGUAAAUUCAUCAGGCUUAAGCCAUGUUUCAGUCAAGCCAAUCACAUCAAGAUUAUGAUCCGUGAUUAGUUCAUUGAUUAAAUGGCAGCUAGUGACACUGGGACAAUUACAGCUUUACAUGGUGCCUCAGGAGAACACUAAUGUCAGGAGGGGGGAGAGAGAGAGAGAGAGGAGGGGAGAGAGAAAGAAAGAAAUAGUCUGGUUAAGAGUAUAGUUGCCAACAUUUGCUGUGUCUUUCUGUUUUUUUGUAUCUAUUAGAGAGACAGACAGACAGACAGACAGACAGACAGACAGACAGACAGACAGACAGACAGACAGACAGACAGACAGACAGACAGACAGACAGACAGACAGACAGACAGACAGACAGACAGGUGGCACUGUGGAUUAGCUACCUGAUUUGUUGCCUAACAUUAGCCAAAUAGCUAAUCAAUUCUCAACAAACGCUCUGUUCAGUUAGCUUCGUGCCAUACUGACUGAAGAGCUCAUAAAUCCAUCCAAUGGAAUGACUUUUAGCCGAAACACAGAACUGUGUAGGCUGAGGAGAGAGAGAGAGAUCUCACAGUGAACAGAGAGAUGAGAAGGAAUACUAAUCUAUGAACAUUCACAGAGGGGGACAGAUUAUCGAUCUAGUCAGUGGCCCUGAAGCUAGUACUUCUAAUGUUUUCACAACUUUUACUCAGGGCUACGUUUACAGAAUCUGAAGAGAGGAAACUAGUUACUGAGAUCAUAACCAAACAGGGAGUCAGUGUUUCCCAUACAAUUGUAGCUUAGAGAGACCCAGAAAGUUUAUUUGGAGGCGGAAAGUCAUCUUGGGAAAACACUGUGUUUGAGCUCACUUGUUGAUGGUAGAGGUGUCGUGCCACUGUGCUGAAGAGGAUUGCUAUGGUAACAUUAAUUUCAUCUACGUGGGGGAUGAGAAAGAUAGAGACAAAGAAGAUGGGACAGAGAUAGUCCUGCACUCCUGUACUGUAGCUGUCACUCCUCAGAGUAGCCAAAUACCUCAACCACCUCAACCAUCUCAACCUCAAACACCGCAACCUCAUCAACCACCUCAAGCACCUCAAGCACAUCAACCCCAUCAACCCCAUCAACCACCUCAAGCACCUCAAGCACAUCAAACAUCUCAACCUCAAUCACUGCAACCGCAUCAAUCACCUCAAGCACCUCAACCAUUUCAACCUCAACCACAUCAACCUCAUCAACCUCAUCAAGCACCUCAACCACCUCAAUCUCAUCAACCACCUCAAGCACCUCAACCACAUCAACCUCAUCAACCACCUCAAUCUCAUCAACCACCUCAAUCAUCUCAACCAUCUCAACCUCAACCACAUCAACCUCAUCAACCACCUCAAUCUCAUCAACCACCUCAAUCAUCUCAACCAUCUCAACCUCAACCACAUCAACCUCAUCAACCACCUCAAUCUCAUCAACCACCUCAAUCAUCUCAACCAUCUCAACCUCAACCACAUCAACCUCAUCAACCUCAUCAACCUCAUCAAGCACCGCAACCACAUCAAUCUCAUCAACCACCUCAAUCAUCUCAACCUCAACCACAUCAUCCUCAUCAAUCACAUCAACCUCAUCAACCUCAUCAACCACCUCAAGCACCUCAACCACAUCAACCUCAUCAACCACCUCAAUCUCAUCAACCACCUCAAUCUCAUCAACCACCUCAAUCAUCUCAACCUCAACCACAUCAACCUCAUCAACCACCUCAAUCAUCUCAACCAUUUCAACCUCAACCACAUCAACCUCAUCAACCUCAUCAAGCACCUCAACCACAUCAAUCUCAUCAACCACCUCAAUCAUCUCAACCUCAACCACAUCAUCCUCAUCAAUCACAUCAACCUCAUCAACCAAAUCAACCUCAUCAACCACAUCAACCUCAUCAACCACAUCAAACAGAUCAACCUCAUCAGCCACCUUAACCUGUUAAGUCGACCCUCUACUUUUUUGAACAUUCUGUUAAAAAUCACGCAACAUUUCAGCGCCCUGCUACUCAGGCCAGGAAUAUAGUAUAUGCAUAUGAUUAGUAUGUGUGGAUAGAAAACACUCAGACGUUUAUAAAACUGGUUAAAUCACGUCUGUGACUAUAACAGAAAGUGCGUUUCAUCAAAAAGUGCAAGAAAACCUGAUCACUGAAAAUGGCAAUAAAUAUCCUUGCGCUACUUCCAGGAAUUGUUCAUAGUGAACCGAAUUAAAUGAGGCCGAGUUUGCAGUGCCUACAGCUUCCACACGAUGUAUAGAGUCUUGUCAUUUGAUUCAGCUUUGAUUCUUGGUCAAACCGAAUCAAGGGAACUGAUUCCCUCCGGUCUCCGACCGGAUGUUUUGGUCGAGCUCUCUCCAGACAUUUUUUCGAGACGGACACCUAUAGAAUUGACAUCGCCUCCUGAUGAAUUUUAUCGCUUAUUAACGUGUACUAAUACCUAAAGUUGCAUUACAAAAGUAUUUUCGAAGUGUUUUGUGAAAGUUUAUCGUCAACUUUUUGAAUUUUAAAAAAUGACGUUACGUUAUGAAACGCUAUUUUUUUCCGUUUAUCACACAGUCUUCAUAGAUCGAUAUCUAGGCCAUAUAUGGACCGAUUUAAUCGAAAAAAAGACCCACUACUAUUACACUGGGUUGAGUUUGGUCCACUAGUAUUACACUGGGUUGAGUUUGGUCCACUACUAUUACACUGGGUUGAGUUUGGUCCACUACUAUUACACUGGGUUGAGUUUGGUCCACUAGUAUUACACUGGGUUGAGUUUGGUCCACUAGUAUUACACUGGGUUGAGUUUGGUCCACUACUAUUACACUGGGUUGAGUUUGGUCCACUACUAUUACACUGGGUUGAGCUUGGUCCACUACUAUUACACUGGGUUGAGUUUGGUCCACUACUAUUACACUGGGUUGAGCUUGGUCCACUACUAUUACACUGGGUUGAGCUUGGUCCACUACUAUUACACUGGGUUGAGUUUGGUCCACUACUAUUACACUGGGUUGAGUUUGGUCCACUAGUAUUACACUGGGUUGAGCUUGGUCCACUACUAUUACACUGGGUUGAGUUUGGUCCACUACUAUUACACUGGGUUGAGCUUGGUCCACUACUAUUACACUGGGUUGAGUUUGGUCCACUACUAUUACACCGGGUUGAGUUUGGUCCACCAGUAAACUGGGUUGAGUUUGGUCCAAGUGAUUGAAUUCAAAUGGAUUUACAAAGCAUCAAUGAAUAAUAGAAAAUAAAAUGUAACAAAGAUUAUAGAUUGACUUUGAAGAUCCAAACUAAACAAAUGUUCAAGGUUGUCUAAUCUGAACCCAAACUGUUGUUCUGAACAGAGCAGAAAACUCUGGACUGGACACAUUACCUGUUCCUGUGCCUGUGUGUGUGUGUGUGUGUGUGUGUGUGUGUGUGUGUG